GAAGAGAAAACAUGAGAUCUUCUGACGUUCCUCUGACUUUGGGCUUUCUCUUGAUCUUCAGCGUUCAGCUCAUGAACGCUUUACCGCUACACCACACAGGGGCCUUAACAAGCCAGGACGUGGACGUGUUGAUGCUUCUUCUACAGCGUCUUGAAGAAUCUCGUCCUGCUUCAUCACGGGACCAGGAGCAGGAGCAGGUCAACAUUGAUCAAAUGCUCCUUCAACCCGAAACCGAGACGGAUGUGCGGGAGUAUCUGUCUGCUCGGGACCUGAAGACCGUCCGGCAGGACUCCAAGAAAUAUUCCGGCUGUUUCGGCCGUCCACUGGACAGAAUCGGCUCCAUGUCGUCUCUGGGAUGUAAAACUGCCGGCAGGACCAACAGGUCCUGAGAGAAAGCGAUGUCUUAACCUUCUGCGUCAUUCUACACGACAGAGUCCGGCCAUUGUUCUUAACUAUGCAUAUUUAUUGAGAUAUUUAUUCGAUUGUCAAGUU